CCAAAAAAUCUCCGAUAAACUUUUACAAUCAAUUUUUUUUCCAGCCUGAAAAAUGUCGGCCUCUGGCCCUGACCAAAUCAAUGUACCGGUGUAUUCUGGCCCGGAAAAACCUGCCCACAGGCCGCAACCAGGCGGACACUAUGACCGGGGCCAGCGGGCCGGCGAUAGCCUCACCACUAGAGCCACCAAAGUGAUGUGUGCCUUGUUUCUGUCCCUUCUUUUUAUUUGUGGUAUCAUUGUUUUCAUAGUUUGGCUCAGUUUAACCCCCCACCGUCCCCGGUUCUACGUCCAGGAUUUUUCAAUCCCGGCGUUGGCUCAGUCCGACGGGUUCGAAAAUGCCCAGAUAUCAUUCAACGUAACAAUUAGGAAUUCCAACCAACAUAUUCAUACCUACUAUGAUUCCUUGGUGGCCACUGUUUUUUACCGGGAUCAAUCAAUCGGGACGACACCGUUGUCCGGCCCGUUGGACCAGGAACCGAAGACGACAUGGGUGGUGUUCGGCGUACUCGGUGGCGCGACGCUGAAUGUGAACAAUGCCAGGUGGACGGAUUUCUUGAAUGAUCGGCAACAGGGGACGGUCAUUUUCCGGCUGGGCAUAACGUCGACCAUCAAGUUUAAGGUGUCCACUUGGGAUAGUAAAUCCCACAAGGCCCACGUGGAUUGUGAGGUGUCAGUGGGUCCCGAUGGAUUGAUCUUGCCCAGUUCUAGGAGCAAGAAAUGUAAUGUUUACUUCACUUGAUGCAUUUCUUGUCGCUUUCAAUGCCAAUGUCUCUUUUUUGCUCUUAUCCUUUGAUUCUGCCAAUUGGCUUUGGAUUCAUUGCAUAAUGACUUGUAAAGUGUAUGGCCAGAUUUUCAUUUACCUUUAUGUCCUUAUUUGAAUUAGUUUGUAAAAAUAAAUAAAAAUUUUUAUU